AUGGUCGGAAAGGUUUCGGAGCGGGUUCUCCUGCGCGAGGGCCUCGAAAGAACCGACAAUGGCAUGAAGCUCACCACCUGGCCCGAUGUGACGCCCAUCAACCAGAAGAAUUACUAUACAGAUUAUAUGAAACGAGAUGACCAGAUCCUCGCUCUGCGACUCCAAAACGAUGCUACCCGCGACAAGCUCGUCCAGAGUGCGCGCGACCGCGAUCGCCUCCUAUCUAAGCCCGCUAAUGGCGAACUCCCACUUCCCGUCCCCAACCUCGUCGACGAUGAAGAUGGCGCCGCGACUCCUUCUGCCGCCACCGAUCCUUCGCGCAUCAUCGUCAUCCACCCCGGCAGCCAGAACCUGCGCAUCGGCUUCGCCAGCGACGCCCUGCCCAAGACGAUCCCGACCGCCCUCGCCACCAAGUUUGCCCGGACCGAGUCCGAUAUGUUCGAGGCGUUGCCGCGACGCCAGUUUGAGGGCAAGACAGUGGACCAGCAGUAUGGCGAGGAGUGGUCCAAGAAGUACCAAAAGAUGUGCGCCGACCUCAAGGUUGAGAUGCGCGCCAACAAGCGCAAGGUGCUGCCCAACUCCAAGGAGCUGGUGCAGACAUUCAACCGACGCACGGAACCCGAAAUCAUCCAGCAGCACAACGAUCCGCUGGAAGUGGAGUGGACCGACGUCAAGAAGCUGAAAAAGACGGACUUUGAGGCAGAGUGCUUCAUCGGCCACGAGGCCCUGCGUGUUCCUGACGACUCGGACCCCAAGUUCAAGGUCUGGUGGCCUCUUCAGCACGGCUGGUGGAACGAGGACGGGUACACGAGCCAAGAGCACCUGUACGACGACUUUGAAACGCUCCUCGACAAGGCCCUUCGGCAAGAACUUGGCCUGACGACCAACAGCGAGUGGCAGCAAUACAGCUGUGUUUUCAUCAUCCCCGAUCUCUACGACAAGAAAUACGUUGAGCAAAUCUUGUACUCCUGCAUGACAUGGUUUGAGUUUAGCAAAGUCUGCUUUGUCCAGGAGAGCAUGGCGGCCACAUUUGGCGCUGGAUAUACCCAAGCCUGCGUGGUUGAUGUCGGUGCUCAGAAGACAUCGGUGACUUGCGUCGAGGAUGGUCUCUGCAUCGAAGACUCGCGCAUCAAUCUCAAGUACGGCGGAUACGACAUGACCGAUACCUUUAUCAAGAUGAUGUUGUACGACAACUUCCCGUAUCAGGAGAUUAACGUGCAAAAAAGAUCCGACUUUUUGCUGGCCGAGGAGCUCAAGAUCAAGCACUGCACCAUGUCCCAGGCGGAAAUCUCGGUGCAGCUCUACAACUUCCACGUGCGCGCGCCCAACGAGCCCACUCGAAAAUACGCGUUCAAGACGUACGACGAGGUCAUCCUGUCGCCGAUGGGAGUCUUUGACCCGGCCAUCUAUGACAACAGCACCAAACUUCGCGGGAGACGGAAGCUGAUCGAGCGCUCCUACAACUCGUAUGAGGUGGACAUGCCGGACGACCCUACCUCGGCCGCACAGCUCGCCAUCCUCGCCCUCGUCCAGCCGUCUCUCCUCGCCAACGAGUCCCAGUCUCAAGAAGUCUCCACGCCCAUGAAGGAGCGUCCAGGCUUCAGCUUCAAGAGCGACGUCAACGGAACUCCCAUGGCCUCGCACGCCGGCUCGCCCGCCCCCGAAGGUUCCGGCACGCCCGCGCCGUUCGUCUUCGGCGCCGGCAAGGACCUCAACGGCGACAGCCCCGCGACCGGCGGCACACCCGCCGCCUCGCAGGCACCCGCCGGCAUGUUCGUCGACCCGUCAUCAGCAACGCUUGAGCGCAGUGCCGAGUCCGUGGCCGACGAGCGCGACGCGGUGCUACCGGUGGCCCCGCUCGACAUCGCCAUCCUCACCAGCAUCCAGAACGCUGCCAAGGGCGACGAGAAGAAGCUGCGCGACCUGCUGGGCAGCAUCAUGGUCAUCGGCGGCGGCGCCAAGAUCCCGCAGUUCACCGUCGUGCUCGAGGAGCGCCUCAAGGCGCGCCGGCCGGACCUGACGGAGCGCAUCCUGGUGAGCCGUAGCGCCAAGGACAUGGACGAGCAGGUAGUCGCGUGGAAGGGUGCGAGCGUGUUUGCCAAGCUCCCGGCCAACGACUCGUGGAUCACGCCGUUUGAGUUUGAGCGUCUGGGGCCGCGGACGCUCUACCACAAGGUCCUCUGGGCUUGGUGA